AUGGCAUGGUUCAUCCUUUUGUAUUUUGGUGUUCUCUUAGAUAGAGCGGGUCGAGACUACAUGUGGUGGGUUGGAUCAGCAGGGAGAGAUCUCGUGGAGGAAGUCUCGGACAUUCUGUUGUAUUCUCCAAUCGCCAAGAUUCCAGAAGGACCAGCAGGUAUUACCAAGGAUAAGAAACGGAUUCUUCGUUCAAACCUUCAUGCCACUCAUCGGGCUCUUUUCUUCCACAGCGCACAUACCAUGUUUAAGCUCACAGAUGCGCUUCCUAUCAUCCUGCUUGUUUUGAAUAGUUUGUUUACGACUGGGAGAACGUCAUCGCAGGGGGAUGUAAGUGGUACUCUGUCAAGACAGUGGAUCCCGAUUAACGAUAGGAUUGUUCGUAAAACCUCGUCAUUUGAUUGCCCUGGACCACAGGCAUCUUGCAACAAGGUCGCUGGAUCUGAGAUGUUGCCUGGAAGAAGCGUGUAG